UAUUAGCACCAAUUUGACGUUGACUAUACCUUGAUCAUAAGAAUAACUUUACAAGGUCAUGCUAUGUUGAUCGCUCUAAAUAAAUUAUGUCAGCUGUCAGCUCGGCAGUAUCGUCUCUUGUCACUCAAUCACUCCCGCCGGUUCGGUUGCUGCAGGGUGCGGAACAAGGGUACGGAAACCAGCACACUACUUGCAUUCCAGCUUAAUAUUCAGCAACCAGCAACCCUUGCGUUGAUCGCGCACUCACCGCAAAUUUGCCCUCGAUUCUGUGUUCAUCCUAGAUUCUUUUGAACGCAGAUUAUUUCCGACCCGCAAACUUUAAAAGGUACGCUGUUCCGCGCUGAUUAUAAUUUCCUGCAACCUGAAAAUGCAAGCCCUUGCUGCCGCACAUGGCCAUGAGCCGUAUCAAGUCCUUGAAGAUGGGAAAGUUUAUUUCCACUUCGAAGCGGAGAAUUUCGAAAUAGCGGCUUCCUGGAAAUCAACGCAGCGUGCAAAAAUUUGCUACGAAGCUCUCCCUGAAAUCCCUGCCAACGAAAUCAUUUUUGAACCGACGCAGUUGAACAUCGUCCUUGAUGAUGAUGAUGAUGUAGAGCAUUUUCAAGGCCUAUGCGUAAACACUCGGCCUGCAGCUGGACGCCUGCACCAUUUUUUCAACUCUCAUAACUUUGACAUGGAUGCUACUUAUGAUGAAAAAAUUCAUUUCAACCUUACAUACUGUUUCCCACCGAUGCCAACAAUGCAGAUUAACCAUCAACCCCGAGAUGUUCAGCAGGCCGGCCAUCAAGUUGGGCAAGAACCAGCAGCCCAAGGAGCAGCAGCCGAUGAUGGCGACGAAGACGAAAAUGCUGAAGAGGCUGGGCCAAGGAGGCGCCGUCGCCGUACCAAUGGCUGGAAUUUCUUCCGCCAUCGAGAAGCUCAACUACAUCCCGGACGUUACACCAGCAAAGAAUUGCAAGAAAGAUGGGCUGCCAAGACCGCUGAGGAAAAAGCAGCGUAUAUUGCCAAUAUUGGGCAUGACUAGGUAACAAUUUAAAAUUCUGAGGAAAUUAUUUGUUUUUUAAGGCAAAGAAGUCUAUCUUCAAGACUGAUAAACAGGCUGCAUUUAAUUUAAGUGAUAUUUACAAACACUGUAAUUUAACCAGGUUUUAUCAUACCAAAGAAACUAUUUAAUUUUACUCUUCAUGAUAACUACCAAUUAAAUAAUUUUUUUCGAAUGACUUACUCGAUUGGUGUGAUAAUAAAGAAAAUAUUGUCUCUUAAAAUUUUUUAAAUUCUAACUUAUAAUGCAAAAUGAUUAAUGUAUGUUACCUAGAAUUCCGUUUUCAGAAGCAAUUCUGUUAUGAACAUUUACGGGGGUAAGAUUCUUUUGUCUGGGAAUAAUAAUAAGGAAGAUGGCCAUAUGUGUUAAUAAACUGAAUUGUGCAAAUUUUGUAUUCGUUGAUGCCAAAACUAUUUACUAAAAGUGAAUCCUUUAGUUAAAAAAUGUUUAUCAAUCAUAUUUUAGAUAUUGUGCUAAUUUCAAAAUAAUAAAAA